UCGCUCUUGUUGGCGGUGUGCAUGGGUCAGGAGUGUCUGUCAGGGAAGUAUGUAGACUAGAAAGGACUAGAAAGGGCCAAGGGAAACAGGAGGAAGAUAAGGAAAGAUACAGGGCCAAUACAUCAUACGCCAGACUGAGGGCAACUCGGGCAUACAUUCACCAUCCAUUCUAUUUGCGGGAAUACAAAAGCCAGCUGCAGUUUCGAAGGCCAAUCUCUCGUUCACCAGCCUUUUUUUACCCUUCAUUCUUCCGUCCACACCCCACGGCCGCCCUCCUACUACUCUUCCACACUUCAACCCCCAGCUGGAGCGAUCCUCUUUGGACACCAUGCACGUCUUCCAAUCGACCCUUCCGAUCAUUUUCUUGGCCGGUGUUUGCAAGUUUGCAUCCGCAAGGUGUGGCACCGGUGAGGUGGAUGCUUGCGCGACUUACCAGCAAAGAAUUUACCAAGCGCCGCCAGGUAAUUUCGAUUGCCAUAUUACUUCGAGUGAGACCCACUACUGUUGUCCUGCAAACCAGAUGGUGCCGAGCACACCUGAUUAUCCGCUUGGUUACGCGGUCAAAACCUUGAAAUGCUAUAAGAACACGUAUUAGCUUCUAAACAGCACUUUUAAGCUAGCAAGUUUUGCGUCCUCGACUGUUAAUGUGAUGAAUACUUUUAAUUUCCCCCGACUCUGGAUCACAUCCAAUCUGCUCCUUUAAAACACCUGCAGAGCCUGGCUUGAAUACGACGGCAUGGACGGUUUGCUUCUAACUGGUGUCAGCCCGCUUAGGCACAUCUUCGUUGC